GCCGCCGCCAACCGAGCAGCCAUGAGGAGGUCUUCCGCCGUCAGAGCCACAGCUGCGAUGAUGCUCGCCUUUCUGGCGGCCGUCUCUGCCGCUGCUGUCAUCCCCGCACCCUAUCCAGAUGGGGCAGCGGACUCGGCAGAGGACGGCGAGUCCGGGCCGCCGCUGGUGCUGCUGCCUGGCGGCGAGAAGCGCGGCGCGGACGACGGCGGCCGCCUGAUGCUGGGGCUCGGUGUCCUAAGCAACAUGCAGCAGUUCUUCGACAACCUCCGCUCAAACCUGGAAACCAUAGAGUCUAUGCCCAAAGAAGAAAGAGAGGCUCUGUUGGGGCAAGCUCCAGUUGUCACAGUUCACCGGCGCAUAGGGUGUGGAUCAAGCUGCUGUAGGUGCCGAAGCACUAGGCCACCAAUGCGGACUACUCGGAAGUAUUUUGAGCAAGACCGAGAAAUACGGCCAAAAGCCACUGCUGCUUACCUUCAUGCCUUGAGAAAUCAUCGACCUUCAUAUAAAAUUCGUAAUUUUGUGGCAGAAUCUGAAACUAGAAGCUCACAUGGUAGAUAUGACCCAGGCUACCUCUGGACAGGGCUUGGAAGGAAACGUUAAAUUUCAAGGAGUUACUGAUUCUAGCAUAUGACAUCAGUAUCAGAAAUCCUAAGCAGUGCCAAACUAUUAUUACAUAAUUAAUCAGCACAAUUUCUAAUCAAUGUAAAGUAUUAAUACAACUUUCAAGUAAAUGUCUGAAAAAAUAAAAAUCACCUUAAAGGUUAACACUGUUCUUACAGCUUUUCACAGUGAUAAGUGAAUCAUUCAUUUGAUGACACUUAAAUUCUGUUACUAAAAAUGGGGUGUUUCAUAGGAAUGAACAAGUAAAGCAGUUGUACAAAUAAGCUAUGUGCUAUGGUGUCCCAGGGCACCAGCCGCAGCCCUCAUGACAGUUACAAUGCAUGCAUCAAAGUAGGUGAUGCUUGCACACUCUGUAGCAACCAUGUGUGAACAUCAAACAUAAAUCCAGACUGCCAGGAGAUGAACCAAGAACUAUGGACCACUGGGUACCUUUCCAGUCAUCAGCAAGAGGUCACUGGUCACACCACAAAACUAUGCCCCCAUCCAGUCUCAAGUGACUAGUGGGCAGCAUGUCUCUUCCUGAAGAGUGAGGAAACCACUGGUAGAUAUUACAAACAGCUUUGUUAUUAGCUUGCAAAAACAAUAAGGAUAACAAGAAAUUAAUUCCACCUUUUCAAUGGUUCUAACUAAAUACAGUUCAAAGGUAUAGGUUCCAACAACCUCCCAGGAGCUGCAACUAAAAACACGAAAAACUAGCACUCAAAGAAGCCGAACUUCUGAGUGUGACACAGCCUUCUCCAGUAGCGUGUUGAUGAGAGCUUAAGUGUUGGACUGCAAGCAGUUGGCACAUGCCUCAUCCAGCUCUUGCUGACAGGAAGUGUCCACAGUGAGCUGGCUUAAAUAGUCACUCUUCAGGAAGAGAUGUGCUACCCUCUAGCCACUUGUGAUUGGAUUGAGGCGUGGUUUUGUGGUGCAGCCAGUGACCUCUUGCUGAUGCCUGAUUAGGUACUGGGUUGUCGAUAAUUGUCCUGGCAGUCCAUGUUUAUAAUUGAUAUUCUGACACGGUUGCUACAGAGCACGUCACCUACUUUGACCAGCACAUCAUAAUUGUCAUGAGGAUUGCAGCUGGUGACCCCCGUCACCAUAGCACUGGUUUCUUUAGACAGUCUCCUAAUUUUCACCAAAUAACUAGUUUCUUGCCAUUUCAUUCAACUGUUGAAAUAUAUGCCCAUAUCUUGUAUGUAGCAAACCUUAGGUUUGUUGAUGUAUUGUUGUAACAGUACUUGAAUGUAUAUCAAAGGGAAGAACAUUUUGUGCCAUUGUUUAUCACAUGAAACUUCAGUUAUUAUGCUUGAAUUAAAAUAUUUGUCUAGUAACAGUAAUAAAAUGAUUUUGAACUUGGACAGUAAAUGUUUUGUUAUGUACAUAAACAGAAUGCUAGAGACGGUGGAAAAUGAAUGGAAAUAAGUUUUGACAAGGACGCUAAUUCUAGUCACUACAAUCUAGUCAUACUGAAACCUGUUUCUUCUGUUCUCUAUGUUAUAUUUGCAGUUAGUCCUUAGUAUUCAUUGAAUGGAGAAUUUUUUGUGGUUUUCAAGGCCAAUUACUUAAAUUUAUUAUACAAUAUUUCAUAUCUACUACAAAAAAUUUUCUGCUAGUAGAGUAGCUGCAUAGUUAGUAGUACAUAAAAUUUGAAAAGGCAGAUUUAUGUUACUUAUAAUUCAUUGGAAACAUGUAAAGAAUAAUUCUUAGCAGUUAUGUUAGUGUUAACUCUUUAAGAGAAACAAUAUGUUUUUGGUUAAAAUGUUGU